AUGAUUAUUAAGAGUGUCCAGGGUGAGACCUUCGCUGCAGAGAUGUCGGAGGUGAGAAGUGGAAAGCUAACAAAGAGCAACAAGCUCAUAAAAUGGAACCCUUACAUUGAUAACAGAGGAAUUCUUAGAGUUGGCGGUAGGCUGAGCUAUUCGCAACUGCCAGAAAGAGCUGCUCAUCCAGCCAUAUUACCGAAAAAUUGUCAUGUAUCGACUCUUCUCAUUAGACACUACCACCAAAAAUGCAACCACCAAGGAAGACACAUCUCUCUAGGAACCUUAAGGAAUGAAGGUUAUUGGAUACUGGGUGGCCAACGGCAAGUAUCGAAAGUUAUUGAAGACUGUGUGGUGUGCAAAAGGCUUCGAGGAAAGGUGCAAGAACAGAUUAUGGCAGACUUACCCGAAGAAAGGUUGACCGAAGCACCACCAUUCACCUUUGUGGGAGCUGAUGUGUUUUGA